GAAGGUAUUUAUUUAUGAAAAAUAUUUGCAAGUUAUUUUAAUAAAUAUAUAUAUAUACAUAGGUGAUCCAAAGCAAUUAUUACAUCCAACAGAUAGUGAUGGUGAAUUAUGUGGUAGUGGUCAACAUGCUGAUCGACCAUAUCUUUAUUUUUUUGACUGGACUAAAUGUAUAAAAGCUUUUGGUAUAUCAUCAGAUGUAUUGAAAGGUCGUCCAUUUGUUUGUCCGACAAAACAAGUUUGUGUAAAAAAUUGUCCAACUAAAACAUCUCAUUUUAAAUUUGACAAUUAUCAUGCCAAUCGAGUUUGUACAUAUGAUGUUCGUGAUGAUGAUUCGAAUGAUGAGGAAUUAGUUAAAAGUGGUGAAUGUGCAACAUAUAUUAUUGCUAGUAAACCAUUAUUUGGUCGAUGUAUUCCUGAACAUUUACAGAAUUUAGCUAGUUCACUAAUCGAAGCUCCUGAUACCAAUGGAACUAAUAAAACUAUUUAUGAUACCAGCGGCCUACCACUAAAUGGAUCAAAACUUGAUCAGGGUGUUAAAUAUCUUGUUGAUAUAUUGAAUUUAAAAGAAAUUGCUUCAUUUCUUGUUGAAGAUUUUACAACAUCAUGGCAAUAUAUUUUAAUUGCUUUAGGUUUUGCUGCAAUUAUAUCGUUUGUAUGGAUUGUAUUAAUGCGUUGGUUUGCUAAACCACUUGUAUGGUUAGCAAUUAUACUUUUUAUUGUAUUAUUAGCUAUUGUUAGUGGUCUAUCAUUUUUUGAAUUUAUUCAACUUCGUUCAAAAAAUGAUAAUCAAAUUUUAUCUGAAUUUAAAUUUGUUGCUGAUGCAAAUUAUUAUCGAAGUUUACCAAUAACAUGGUUGGUUAUUGCUAUUAUUUCUACACUAUUUUUAAUUAUAUCAGUUCUUAUACUUCUUGCAUUAUUUAAACGUUUACGAAUAGCUUUAGCUGUUCUUCAAGAAGCAUCAAAAGCUGUUGGAUAUAAUUUUUUUAGUUUGUUCUGGCCAUUUAUACCAUUUCUAUUACAAAUCGGUAUAUUUGCUUAUUGGGCUGUUGUAGCAGUUUAUUUAGCAACUGCAGGAAAACCAAUUUAUCGAGUAUCAUUUAAUGAAACAUUAGACAAUUCAAGUAAUACACAUGUUGGCGAAAUAUGCGAUAGAUCUACAUGGAAUAGUAGUGGUGGAAUGAAUGGUGAUUGUGUUUUUUGGGAAUAUGGAUACGAUCCACAAAUUAAUUUGGAUAGUGUACUCAAUGGUACUGGUCGUCAUUUUAAAUCAUUUAUUUCUUUUGUUAAUCAAAAUCAAUGGCUUCCACAAUUAUAUUCUGCUUUUAUGUUAUUUUGGUUAACUGCUUUUAUUGUUGGAUUCGGUGAAUUAGUUCUUGCUGGUGUUUAUGCACGUUAUUAUUGGGAUCGUGAACGUUUUGGUGUUCCAUGUUCAUCUUUAUUUUCAUCUCUAAUUCGUGCACUUGUAUUUCAUAUGGGUACAAUAGCAUUUGGUUCAUUAAUAAUUGCCAUUGUUAAAGUUAUUCGUACAAUAUUAGAAUAUUUUGAAAAAAAAGUGAAAGAUAAAACAGGAAAAGUUGCUAAAUGUUUAUUUUGUUGUUGUCGAUGUUGUUUAUUAUGUUUAGAGAAAUUUUUAAAAUUUCUUAAUAGAAAUGCUUAUAUUAUUACAGCUAUCUAUGGUUCAGGAUUUUUAACAUCAGCACGUCGAGCUUUUGGUAUAAUUAUUUCAAAUCCACUUCGUUUACUUGUCAUUGAUAAAACAUGUGAUUUUCUUAUAUUUCUUGGUAAAUUAUGUAUAACAGCUGGUAUUGGUAUACUUGCAUUCUUCUUUUUUACUCAUCGUAUUGCACAAGCAGCUAAUUAUGUUCCUGAAUUACAUUAUUAUUUUAUUCCAUUAUUAUUAAUUAUACUUGGUACUUAUAUUGUUGCAUCAUGUUUCUUUUCAGUUUAUUCAAUGGCUGUUGAUACAUUAUUUAUUUGUGCAUUGGAAGAUAUGAAAAUGAAAGAUGAUAACCCAAAUCAUCACGUCAUGAUGUCAAAAGGAUUGAGAAGAGUAUUUCGAGUUAAAAAAGAUAAAUAA